UCGGAGACGGAGAUCGCCUGUUUAGUGCAGGCAUGCACGGACAAUAACUCGUUAUUGGUCAGUAAAAUGACUAUUGAAGUGACGAACAAGAAAAAAGAAGAGUUCUGGGCGGACACCUGUGAGAAAGUGAACAGCGUUGGCUUGAGCAGCCGCGAAGUUGACGAAAUAAUAAAGAAGUGGACGGACCUUAAGAGUCAAGCGAAAAAAAAAGAAAAGAACAGGCGGCGGGAAGCGAGUCUAACAGGAGGCGGCAAAACCAGCAUCUGUCUCACAGACUGGGAGCAGAAGAUAGUAGCCAUUCUACCAGAAGAAACACUGGUGGGAAUCGACGGUGGAUUAGACACGUUUCAGUCCAGUUCAUGCUCUAAACAACAAGCAUGUGUUGACGAGGAAACCUCAAGCAUUUCAAUUGGCCACGAGUUGGAAGAUGCGCCAAACAGCCCGUGUGAGGCCAAAUCUGAACAGCCUUGUAAGAGAAGAAAGAUAACAUUGUCUGAUGUGCAGCUAGCACAAUACACGUUCUUCAUUGAACAAACAGAAACAACCCGGUUAAAAAGAAAAUUGAUGGAACAACAAAUUCAGACACAAAAGGCUGCGGAGCAGUACUUCAUUGAAAGCAAAAAAAAACUUGCCCAAAAUGUAUUGGAGAAUUUUUUAGAACAAUAGUGUUCCACUUCCUUUGUCCUUGGAGGCGAAGAAAAAUGUACUGUUAUGUUUAUUAGCUAAGUAUUAAAGGAAUAGACUUUAUUUCCACUUUGUGAUAAUAUGAAGGAAACAUGAAAACAUCACAAGCAUUGGAAACACUAUGUCCCCAUAUAUUUGACAUUUGACCUUGAAGGAUGACCUUGACCUAUCACCACUCAAAAUGUGCAGCUCCAUGAGAUACACAUGCAUGCAAAAUAUGAAGUUGCUAUCUUCAAUAUUGCAAAAGUUAUGGCAAAUGUUAAAGUUUGACGCAAACAAACACACAUACCAACAGACAGGGCAAAACUAAUAUGCCCCCACUAUAGUGGUGGGGGACAUAAAAAU